UCGUCUGAUCAAAACAAUCAGACUUUUGGUCAAUAUGCAAGUUAAAGUUUCAAGUGUGUGCACGUAGUUUAUAAAAAUAAACAGUUAUAAAUAAAAUAUGUGUUGGUUAUCAUCAGUUCUAUGAGAAACAAUGAGUAUCAAGCCAAGAUUCUUAGCGCCGGGUGAAAACACCUGGCUAGAAGAUAAAGUAGAUAUUGAUGCACACGUGUCCACCCAGUUUGUUUAUAACGCCAACCAUUCAUUGGCUUUUGAUCUACAACGUAAAAGGUUGCCAAUUUUCAAAGUUAGAAGUCACAUAAUUUAUUUACUGGAGAAAUAUCAGACACUUAUACUUGUUGGAGAAACAGGAUGUGGAAAGAGUACUCAAAUCCCUCAGUUCAUCGAACUCAAAACUGCAUGA